CUCACAGGGAGCACAUCAUUGUCUCAAACGGUCGUUAAUGCAGCGGUUGUAACGCUAAGAACUCCUUUAGUUUUGGGGAUAAAUAUUCAUUUCCAGCAGCAUUCAUGAAAUAGCGUGGAAUUAUUGGCAGAGUUAACGAUGAUUUCGCCUUGGGACCGCUGGUACUCGACAAACUGCUGCCUUUGUUGCCAUGUCCGGACGGGCACCAUUAUCCUGGGAAUAUGGUACAUGCUCAUUAAUGCAGUGGUACUACUCAUCUUAUUGUCAGCGCUCAGUGAUCCGGUCCAGUAUCGUUACCACCUGACCAGCUCUGAGCUGGGAACAGACAUUGACGUCAUGGAUGAUGCAAAUAUCUGUAUAGCCACUGCAAUAUCCCUCCUCAUGAUUCUUAUAUGUGGCAUGGCAACAUAUGGCGCCUAUAAGCAACACGCCGCCUGGAUCAUUCCAUUCUUCUGUUACCAAAUCUUCGACUUUGCCCUUAACAUGCUGGUAGCCAUAAGUGUGGUGGUUUAUCCCAACACCGUGCAGGACUACCUCCAGCAGCUGCCAGGAACAUUCCCUUACAAAGAGGACAUCAUGUCCACCAACAACAUGUGCCUAGUUUUUGUCAUCCUCCUCUUCAUUGGCUGCAUCCUCUCCUUCAAGGCCUACCUGAUCGGCUGUGUGUGGAACUGCUACAGAUAUGUGAGUGGCAGGGGAACCACCGAGGUUCUGGUGUAUGUAACCACGAACGACACCACAGUUCUGCUGCCGCCCCACGAGGAAGCCAUCGCCAUCCCGCCGAAGGAGCCCCCACCCCAAUAUACAGAGACAUGAGAAAUCCCAUCCCUGCACCCUAAACGUCAACCAAUCUGCCAAUCCCCCCCCCCACACACACACACCAGAUGUCCCUCCAGCCCUCGGACCCCAACACUGGCCUGAACCAUGUUGUUCUAAAACACUUUCUUAGAGGCUGGUUUCAAGCUUGGGUGUAUAAAUAUGCAGACUCUAGAUUAGUUAAUAGUGACUCUUGAGUGAGUGUAACUCUUCCCUCUCGUCUCUCCUGUCCUCCUUUAAGGACUGUAUUACAGAAACUCCUCCCCCUUCUGCAGCCUCCUCUCUCUUGGCAUCUGCUGUCUCCUGGCAACAUUCAGACUCUUGCUUGCCAUGAACAUUUUGUUCCAACUUAAUCUGCACUUUUCUGUGAAGGAAAUGUGCUGCUUUUAAACCCCAAAUACUGUGAAUUUCCCUUAUGGUCUUAUCUAGAAACAAACUACCUGAAAAACAGCUUAGAAGAAAAGAGUGAGAGAGAAGGAAAGCAACACGCGAUCAGUUAUGCAAGAGCACUUUCUCAGCAAACGAUAAAUUCCUUUAUUGAAUGUAAUGUUGGGGUAUUUUUGUAUGACUUUUUUGUCUUUGUUUUGUAAAAA